GCAUUGGCAACCUCUGCAGCCCCUGCCUCUGCCGCCGCUGGAGUGGACGGACUCUCUCCUCCAUUUCCUCCUGACCUCCUCGCUUCGCCCAAACACAACCGGUUGCUUCCUCAACCCACUACCGCUCCCCCUCUCUUCCCUGUCAAAUCGCCGAAUUGAUCAGGCCGUGAAAAAAAAUCCAAGCUUUUUGGACAGGACCCUGCUGCUGCUGCUGCUCGUGGCGGUGCUGAUAUAUCUCGGAGGCGGAAGCCGUUGCUGCUUCUUGUGAUGGUUGUUUGGGUUUGCGAGCUUGCGAUGAGGUGAGAGUUGCAUGGUGAUUGAUGGUGGCCGAUAGAGAGUAGGCAAGGAGGUUCGGCGGCGGCGGCGGCGGAAGAUGCGGGCGGGGCGAUGCGGAGCUUCGGGCCUCCUCAGCACUCCAUGGUACCGGAGAUCAUCGCAGUGGUAGGUCCAGAUCUUGAUGAAAGGAGAAUAGGGCCUCUGAGGGCUGGCCAUGGCCAUGCGCAAUCCAACUCUUUAGUAAUAUGUAUAUUGUUCGUUCAAAAAAAGUAAUAUGUAUUUUGGGUUAAAUAUGGACUAACUAAGUAUUCAGUGAAAUAUAUAUUUUUUUGCUAAGCCUUGUAGGAUGCAGGCAGGGUCUUUGCUAGUCUCAAUCAUUGUGUAUUGAAGGAAUUGGUUCUGAAAUAAAUUUAAGUUCUUGUCUGUUACUAUCUGCCUGCACCCAUGGUCCCUUUGAUGGUUAGUACGCACAAAUCUUUCAACCCAUGCAACUGAGGCCCCGUUUGGGAGGGCUUCUGGAGCGGCUUCACGAGCGGCUCCAGGUGAAGCCCUCCCAAAUGUUUGUUUCGUAACUGGCUUUACGUGUGAAGCCGGUUCUGAAGCCAUCGGCGGCUUACACAGACAAGGUGAAACCAUGAAAUCGUGGCUUCACGUGGCUUACACAUCAAUCUAACAAGUGAAGCUGUUUUGCCAAACAUUUUCUAAAACGGCUCCAACUCCACCAGAGAAGCCGCUCCAUCUGAGGAGCCGGAGCCAGAGCUGUUUUUGGAAGAGCCGGAGCCCUGCCAAACAGGCCCUGAAUGUCAUAUUGAAUAGAAAGACAAAACAAAAGUUACCUUGCAUGCCACACAGAUAUGAACAGCAUGCAACCUUCUCAAGUUACCAACUUUGGGGCGCUUGCACAGUCUGCCGGAUUCCGAAUAGAAGAUCUUGCUAAUCUUAAUACUAGCACUUUGUUCAAUCUGAAGACAAAUACAAUUAACAACAAUCCUCUUCAGUUUGGAAGUUACGGAAAGCCUAUUUCUCCAUCUCAUAUAAAUACUACAACCACAGCAACAGCUGCAGUGAGAAUUGACCCUCAGUCACUAGAACAGCAAACAGGAGCUCAACAAAAUCUAGUGGCUUUACCAACUGGUAACAUCGAGAACUGGGGAGAGUCAGCUAUGGCUGAUAGUCCUAUGAUUGACACAUCAACAGAUCCAGAUACUGAUGAGAGGAAUCAGAUGUUUGAACAAGGACUGGUUGCUGGCCCCACAGCUUCUGAUUCUAGUGACAAAUCAAGGGACAAAUUAGAUCAGAAGACACUUCGUCGUCUUGCCCAAAAUCGUGAAGCUGCCAGGAAAAGCCGUUUAAGAAAGAAGGCGUACAUCCAAAACCUUGAGAGUAGCAGACUGAAACUUACUCAGUUAGAGCAAGAGCUUCAGCGGGCUCGCCAACAGGGUAUAUUUAUUUCAACAUCAGGAGAUCAACCUCAAUCAGCAAACGGAAAUGGAGCUUUGGCAUUUGACAUGGAGUAUGCACGCUGGUUGGAGGAGCACAAUAAACAUGUAAAUGAGUUGAGGGCUGCUGUCAAUGCACAUGCUGGAGACAAUGAUCUUCGAGGUAUUGUUGAUAGCAUCAUGGCACACUACGACGAAAUUUUCAGGCUCAAGGGUGUGGCAGCAAAAGCAGAUGUUUUCCAUGUGCUGUCCGGGAUGUGGAAGACCCCUGCUGAGAGGUGUUUCAUGUGGUUAGGUGGUUUCCGAUCAUCUGAGCUUCUGAAGUUAUUGGCAGGUCAGCUAGAGCCUCUUACUGAUCAGCAGCUUGUUGGUAUAUCCAACCUGCAACAGUCCUCCCAACAAGCAGAGGAUGCUCUUUCCCAAGGGAUGGAAGCAUUACAACAGUCACUUGCAGAAACUCUAGCAUCUGGAUCCCUGGGCCCUGCUGGAUCUUCUGGCAAUGUUGCGAAUUACAUGGGACAAAUGGCGAUGGCUAUGGGAAAACUUGGCACCCUUGAAAACUUCCUACGACAGGCUGAUAAUCUGCGGCUACAAACACUUCAGCAAAUGCAACGCAUCUUAACCACGCGGCAAUCUGCACGAGCUCUACUUGCAAUAAGCGACUACUUCUCUCGGCUGCGUGCUCUGAGUUCUCUUUGGCUUGCUCGUCCACGGGAAUAAAUUCAAUUAAUUCAUGAUAGGAUAAUUUUAGGUACUCUCUAGUAUGCCCAUUAGUUUCUUCACAUUGCUCAUGUGUUGGUGCGUUAUUUGGAUCAGAAACUUCUCGUGUAUGUGUUCAAGUGAACGUUCAGUUCAUAUUGUAGGUCAUUAUGGAAUUAUUGGGCAAGUUUGUAACAAUUUUGGGAAAAAAACAGAGUUGUAAAUAGAUGCGGAAUAAUCUGAGAUCUUAUUAGGGGAUGACAUUGGCGGAUAUGAUCCACAGACAAACCUGUGCAAUAUCCCUGUGACUGAGAGUAAUACGGAGUGACUAUACCAAACUAAGCAUUUGAA